UUUGAAUUUUAUCCUUUUUGGAAAACGACUUAUAUUUCUAUAUUUUUCCCUCAGGCGCUACUAACAGUCUUAUGCUGUUUGGCAGUCAACUCGGCAGCAGAGAACCAGAAACCAGUGAAUAGUUCAGUACCACUUCCUACAGACAAUGCCAGUGCGCCCAGUGCCCCCACGUUCCAGCUUCAACCGCUCCACAUAUUCCACCACCCCUUCAGGAUCUACGCCAGCGGGGCGCCCUACAGCAACCUGUUCAAUCUGAACACUCCAUACAGCCUGCCAACAAAACCUGGCUACACCAUCCCCGGACUCCAGGAGCCGCAAAAAGCCGCAUCGCACCUCGUUCCUGUGAAAGAAGAAGCAUUUGUUCUCCACUCGCAGAAUGGGUUCUUGAAGGACUCCUACGGGAACAAAUUUGUGGGCAAUCCGCAAACAGUGGCGUACAAGACAACGUUCCCACAGCAGUAUGUGAGGCUUCAGGACCUCCCCUUGCAUCUGUCUCAGCCGCUCGUGGCUGCGCCCGGCUACGCCUUCAACGCACCACAGUUCACUACACCAACUCGACACAUUCCAGGGACGCCAAACAACUAUAGAUUCAACCACGCAGCUCCUUUCCAAUCCCAUCCUGGACACAAGCAGGCGACAAGCUUCCCCACUGCACACCCAACGUCGCCGCAACAACAGUCCAGCAACAGCAGGACUGUGUACACAAACAGAAGUCCAGGGUACAACGGCCAGCCGUUCCAGCGAUUGCAACAGAAACCGCAAGUGAAUUAUGGCCCGGCGACGUUACAGCAGCCGCAAUCAGCCAAGCAAGUGACCGUGACCACAGCCAAUAAUAACGGCAAGGCGGCGGCGGUCUCCCUCGCCACCAAGCCGCCACUGCCUCUACUGGACGUCAACCUUUUGAAGCCGUUAACAUUUUCGAAUCCGAUUGUGCCGCAAGUUCAACAUUUCCUGCCACCAAUUACUUACAGGCUUCCUGAAACGCAAAUUGUGAAACAUAAUAAUGAGUUUGUAGUGCAAAAAACAAAGUCCUACGACACUGGUUUUAUAAAUGAUAGUCGUGAGAACGAUAGUGACUCGGAUAAAACAAAAUCAUCUACAAAACCUGCUCAAAACACAAAUAGUUACAAAACUUCGCAUAAUGUAAAACCCAGUGACACGCCAAAACAUUCGCCCGAAAAUAAGAACAAUUCGCCGAAAUUCAGGGAAACCUACAACGAACAUGUGAUCAAAUAUGACAAGAAGACGCAACAUGAACCUGAAAAUUACUCUUAUAACAAACAAGUUGAAGAUAAACCGGUACACUACAGCUUCUCUACAACUAGUAAGGAACCCAUUAAAACGGUACAUUAUGAAAAUCACAAUCAUAAUCAAAGCCCAAAGCAGCCCAUAAGGCCUGAGCAUACGCGCCAAGAUGAACGAGAAAACAAUAAUUCACAAAAUAGUUCAGAAGAAGCUUCCAGUGAAAAUGACUCCCGGGAAUCUGAUGAGUCGCAAGAGGGGGGCCCGGUUUAUCAUAACCGAGGAAGUGAAGAAGAGCGACCGAAACAAAAUUACCAAAAUAGACCUGGCCAUAAGCAACGGCAAUAUCAUUAUGCUAAUUUACGGCACGGCGGAUAUCAUACACAGAGCUCAAACCCAACAUUCCGGCCCAGCCCUGCAGACAACACACGUCAUCAUAAACUUAACCAGCUUGUACAAGACAGACCCGCCGCUAUAAUUUAUGGAACCCCCUCAAAAUCACCACAGCUUACCCAAGGACCUAAACCUCCAGUGCAAAACUUCCAUGUUCAAUCGAUCAACCCUGAAUAUUACGAGGAAAAUGUUCGCUUAGUGCCUAAACAACAAAAUAAUCCUCCUAAACAAGUUUAUCAUAGUCAACAUCCAGAUCGACCUGUUCACAUUGAAAACCAUAAUCAAAAUAUCUACCAACACCAAAAUAAACAAAAUUCACAUCAUGGUAAUAAUAACAAUAGGCAUCCAGUUUCGCAUCCGCAUCCCCCACCGCCUAAUCACCAGGAUCAUCGUAAUGUGCCAUCCCACCCAGCGGCCCAGAGUAACUUCGAGCCAUCGCCGCAUCCGCCAUCUCAAACAUACGAACCAACGCCUCAUGUAGUCGAGAAAUCACGCAAAAUCAUUAUCCAAGAGGAAACGCCUGACGAAAUGCAUUCACAUAGAGAGCAAAUGAUAGCCGAGAUGGUCAGCCAAGGAGAGAAUAAUGAGGAAGACUUUGAUGAGGCCUACAAAAAUGCUGCGUUCGGUUUUCCAGGAUAUGAUCGCGACCCGGAAGAAAUUGAAAAGGACAUUUACAAUCCGGCUAGUUACGGCGUUAACGUUAACCAUGACGAGUAUAACAUAGACAGUUCGCCUUUCGAACAGUAUCAAAAGGAAAACGAUGACUACCCUACAGAAGCUCGGUCUGGAUACAAAAAUACCGUUGACGACAUGAAAGAGGACUAUUAUUUAGACUACUCGGUAGCAAGGCCAGAGAGUCUUCUAGAUAUGCAUAAGAGCAAGGUUAAUUACUACAAAAUGUUCAAACAAGACAGGCCGACGUACUACGAGGAAGAGCCCGAGAAAAAACAAAGGUUUGAGAAGUUUGUAGUGGACCCUGGCUUGUUUGGUUACCAGCCAUCGAAGAAAGCGAAAGGUUACUUAGCCGCGCUGCAGGAGGCUCCAGAAUACGAGUAUGAUUAUGCCAAAGAAGCUCCCAAGGAGGGUUACGCCUUCCAUUCGGGUCCUAUUCGGAGGAAAACGCAGUUUGUGGAGCCGCAGUUCCAGUACGGGUUCGAGCCCAUCUCCCUGCCGUCCAUAUUGGACAGUGAGCUGUCUGCGAUGGCCUCCAACCACAGUCCCGAUAGCGAAACCCCCGGAGUGCGGAAAAAGAUUUACCAAGAAAAUUGGUACAUUAAAAAGACUAGCACGAAUGAACCCGCAAACUGAUUAAUUUAUAAUAUUUUAGUUGUUAGAUAAUGGGUCAAUAGAUAAUAAAUUAAUACUUUUAUUUGCUGUUUAAUUUGCCGUUGGCGAAUCCGUUCCGCUCUACAUGUCUAGUCGUUUUCUGUAAUUCUCCAUGAACAAUUUGUCGUGUGAUAAAAUAAUAUUGAAAGCCGGCCGAGGUGUACUUUGCACGCGACAUCAAAUUAGUUUCGGGUACUUUUUUACUCCAAGUUUCGUCCCACUAGCAAAAUUAUCGCUAAAGUACAUAUAUUUAUGU